AUGCGGCUGCAAGGCGUGAAACUAGUCAUCGUCUUGCCCGCUGCCUUCGCUGCACGGACAAAGCUUGCAUCGGAUUGUGUGUAUGUUGGUCAGUGGUACAUCUGGCCGACGAACGCGGAGGAGGGCAAGGAGGAGACGCUGCUGCUUGUUGGGGAUGAUGCUGUGAGGACUGGCUGGCAGAGCUACAAGGCCAAUCUCUGGACGUGGGAGCAGGGCCCUUGGGCGCCUAAGAGCAAACGAGUGGCCACAAGUGAAUCCCGUCUCCGCGAUCUUGACGACGAGGUCGUGGCGGGCGGCAAAGGCUGA